AUGUGGUGGAAUAAUCUUUGGAUUAGCAACGACGGUGCCAGACCCUUGAGGGAACACUAUCUUGCCCAUCUAAUUGGGGUGGAACCAUUGUUGGUCCUUGUUGGUCUUGUACUAGCGGGUUUUGAUGCUGAAAUGCUUUGUUCUGCAACUGGAGUUGAUUCGUUGCAGUUCCAGCAUGCUGUGUUUCUGGACUUGUUGGCCAUGGAACUUGAUAACCUUGAUUUGGCAUAUGCUGCCCCCAUGGCAUUCCCAACAUCAUUACUGGAGUCAUUGGUGGAACCCGAUCCGUUUGGCCUUGGUUAUGGAAUACUGGAACCUGGAAUAAUGGGCUUUAAAAACCUGGAGUAUGAAAACCCGGACUUUUUUCCAUUAACCCCAAGCUCGGAAGCAAGGAUUGAGAAUGUUCUCCAGGGAGUAACAAUUGGGAGUACUGUCAACUCAGCAGCUGGCAAUAUUGUUGGAAGAGGAAGUCCAGGUGUAGCAGCGACGGUGAAUUCAAAUGUCGGAGGUGUGACGUCAGCGAAUGCCACUGUGGCGAUCAGUCCCGCUAUCAACUCGACAGUAAAUGGUACUGUCGGAACAGGAAAUGCAACCGGAGGAAUUAGUGUCACUGUUAACGUAACCAUCGGAGGAGGUCCGGCAGGACCCUCAUUGAACGCAACUGGAGCGAUAGAUGCCGGAAUCAACGCAACAACCGUCAAUGCGACAACUGGUGGCGCCGUCAAUACAACAAUCAGCGUUCCUGCCGGAACAUCUGUGAAUUUUAAUGUCGGAACCCUAAAUGUUACUGGAGGAGUCGGAGGAGGCCCGGUUACCGCAACAGCCGCGGUUCCGGUUGGAGCAUCCGUCAAUGCUUCCGGAAAUGUCGGUGUCAAAGUGAGCACAACAAAUGGUGGCAUAGUUGGAAAAGUUGGAGGAGUUACUGAUGGAGUUGGAAUUUCCAUUAACCACCGUGGCGCUGGAGCUAGCAAACUGAUGAGAGUUGAGACAGUCGACAAGGAAAAGUUAGAAGAAAACAUUGCCGACUCGGUCGUCCAUUUUUCCAAGCCGAAAUCAAACGCGACCAGUAACAUUGUUCUUGAAAACAAAUUUUCACAGCAUGGAAAUACAGUUGGAGUCAUUGGUGACGCUAUCAGCUCAACAGCCGGCGGUCUUGACGAUGCCGGAAAUGCAGUUGGAGCAACUGUUGGAUUAGUCGGGAAUACGGUUGGAGCAAUUGGAGGCACUGUAAGCUCAAUCAUUGGUGGUCUAGGCGGAACAGGAGGAAAUGCAGCUAGAGCUUCUGGCUCCAAAGGCAAUCGUCGUCAUGUUAAGUCGUCCAACAAAAACUCUAAAAGAAUGAGUGCCAAAGGCUAUGGUUUAGGCGUAGCAGAUAAAGUAACCGGAGGAAUCGUCGCCGCAUUUCCCCAUAUCGGCGGAUAG